AUAAUCAAAAAUGUGGCAGUAGAAGAAAAAUACACUUUCUACAUACACUUUUAAUACUAAAAGGAGUGCCACAAUGUCUCUGAUAGAAGGAUUUGGUGAUGAAGUAACAAUUUUUCUGGCAAUUAUUUUAAUUCUGCUUAUAGUAUGUUUAGCAUGGAUUUCAACAAACAUAAGAGAUAUUCCAUUUUUUAGUGUGAUAAUUAUUGAAUUGACACAUAGACGAAAUAGAGAUACUGAGAAUACCAACCAGGUUGAGGUUCAGAGUUCAUCAGAGGUCACACCUAAUUCAGACAGUCAAGCCAGUUCCGAGACUGAUGCAGUUGGGACAGAGACAGUAAGUUCUGAAAAUAUUCCAGCUGGACAAAGUGAAGUGUUGGCUGAAAAUAAUCAAAAUGUUCAGAGUACUAGCGAAACAGUGCAAGAGGAAGGAAAAAAUGAAAACUCAGAAAGCUCACAGAGACAAUUACCUCAGGAGAGUCAGACAGAGAGCAUAGAGCUUCCUAAGCAUUUGAAUGAAAAAGAACUUCGUCAAAGACGAUUACACUUCUUCCAAGGAAAUAAGGACAAAGCUAACAUAUCAAAUCCCCAAUCUGCAGUGGACCCUCAAAAUCCAAAUAAUUUGUCUAGUUUACAAGAAUUUUCAUCCCAAAGCUCUGUCACAGACUUUAAUGCCAGACAACAGGAGACAACAGCAGAUGAAAAUCAACCAAAUUCAUCUGAGAGAGACACUGUGCAGUCCACAGAAACUGAUUCAGAGACAGGGAUUAUCACAGUGAGGCUGAAGUAUUUGAAUGAUACCCAGAGAAAUGUUACAGCAGCACCAAAUGUGACCAUAGGACAAUUCAGAAGAGACAAUUUUGCCACAGAACUCUCGGAGAAUAAACUGGUGCGAUUCAUCUUUAAUGGACAAGAUCUACGCAAUGACUCCAACACCCUACAAAAUUACAACAUUGGAAACAACAGCGUAGUACACUGCCUGAUCACUCAAGUCAAUCAACAGACCCCUCAGCAGCGAUCAGAGAAUCAGGGAAGCUGCGACUUUGGGGUCGUUGUCCUCCCCAUAUUCGGCCUCAUCCUUUGUUUUGUGUGGUACCUGAGAUUCGAAUAUAGACAGUUCUUUACAGCCACUUCUACAUUUAUGUUGAUCGGCCUGACAUUUUUGUUCAUUGCAGCUGUUCUGGCUUCCUGGGACAGCCAGAGACACAGGGAACAGGUUCCUCAUGAACAUAUGGAUUAGAGUUUGGUCUUCAGAAUUGUUUUAUUAUUUGAUUAUGAUUUUUUUUAUUCUUUAGGUGAUAUUGGUAUACAUGUAUGUACACCUGGCUGUGUAUUCUUGCUUUGCUGCAUACUGAAAGCAUACAUAAAUUAGCACUCUCAAAAUUUAGCGCAAUCUUCUUCAUCAAUUGAUUAGCAUAAUCAUAAAUUAGCACAUUUGGAAUAAAUCUUCUAUAUACAUUGUUUUAAAUCAUCUAAUAGGGUGUACUUGAAUUAGCAGAAAAGAAGCAGUGUGAAAGAAGCCAAAAUAUGAUUGCCACUAAAUUGAGCACAUUUACAGUAUAUACUGUCCUUAUUUUAGACUUAUCAAGCUUUUUCACGAACAUGAGUAUUUGGAACAGUCAGUCUUUCUAUUGAAAUAAGAAAUCUUAUUUUUAUGGUACUAUAUUCAUGAACAUUAAAGCUUCAAACAUGACUUGUAAAUAGGCAUAUGCCAUAUUAGUUUUCCUAUCUCCUAUCUCAGACAAUAGGGUAUAUAAACCUUUCACAUUCGUUAACCUGAUUGCUUUUACUUUGUCAUUGCUGCGUGUUGUUCAUGUAACAUAUCUUACAUUGUCCUUUUUGUUUAUGUUUUAUUUCAUUGAUGGUGCAUUUGUGUUUAUUUCACUCUGAAAUGCAUUCGAAAAUCUAUGGUAACUUUUUAGCUCACCUGAGCCGAAGGCUCAAGUGAGCUUUUCUGAUCGAAAUUUGUCCAUUGUCUGUCAUCGUUGUUGUCGUCGUCGUAAACUUUUCACAUUUUCAUCUCCUUCUCAAGAACCACUAGCCAAUUUCAACCAAACUUGCCACAAAGUAUUCUUGGUUUAAAGGGGAUUUAAGAUUGUUCAAAUGAAGGGCCACACCUUUUCCAAGGGGAGAUAAUUAUGAAUUCAUGAAAAAUUAAUGGCAUCAUUUAAAAAUCUUCUUCUCAAGAACCACUGUGCUUGAAAAUAUGAAACUUAUAUGGAAGCAUCCUCAGGUAGUGUAGAUUCAAAUUUGUUCAAAUCAUGAUCCCCAGGGGUAGGGUGGGGCCACAAUGGGUGAUCAAAGUUUUACAUAGGAAUAUAUAGGAAAAAUCUUUAAAUAUCUUCUUCUCAAGAACAGCAAAGCCAUGAUUGGUCAUAUUUAUAUGGAAGCAUCCUCAGGUUGUGUAGAUUCAAAUUUGUUCAAAUCAUGACCCCCAGGGGUAGGGUGGGGCCACAAUGGGCAAUCAAAGUUUUACAUAGGAAUAUAUAGGAAAAAUCUUUAAAAAUUUUUUUCUCAAGAACAGCAAAGCCAUGAUUGGUCAUAUUUAUAUGGAAGCAUCCUAUGGUAGUGUAGAUUCAAGUUUGUUCAAAUCAUGACCUUGGGGUAGGGUGGGGCCACAAUGGGCGAUCAAAGUUUUACAUACGAAUACAUAGGAAAAAUCUUCAAAAAUCGUCUUCUCAAGAAGAGCAAAGCCAUGAUUGGUAAUUUUUAUAUGGAAGUAUCCUCAGGUAGUGAAGAUUUAAGUUUGUUCAAAUCAAAAAGCAUUACCAUAAGUCAAGUCUCAGACAUGUGAACUGUUUUAUGAUAAACUAUGCAGAAGUAUGUGCUUUCAUGUGUAUGAUAUAAAUAUGUUUGCAUAUAGAUGAUAUAUAUAUAAAACAAAUAUUUUUUUUUAUUUGUACAGAAUUUAUGUACAUGUGUGUGUAUAAAAACUAUCUGGUUUAUUCCUGCUUUUUUAUUCUUUCUCCUAUCAAUCAUGCAACUCUUUCUCUCUUGUGUGUAUGUAUAUUGUAUUACAUGUAUAUGACUACACAUGUAUAUAAGUGUUUACAAUGUACUUUCUUUUUGCCCUGUGAGGGCCCUUAAUUGGUAAAUGAAUUAAAUCAUGACCCCAGGGGGUAGGGUGGGGCCACAAUGGGGGAUCAAAGUUUUAAAUAGGAAUAUAUAGGAAAAAUCUUUAAAAAUCUUCUUCUCAAGAACAACAAAGCCAUGAUUGGUCAUAUUUAUAAGGAAGCAUCCUCAGAUCAAGAUUCAAGUUUGUUCAAAUCAUGACCCCCGGGGUUGGGUUGGGCCACAAUGAGCUGUCAAAGUUUUACAUAGAAAUGCAUAAGGAAAAAAAUCUUCUCAAGAACAGCAAAGCCAUAGUUAGUCAUAUUUGAAUUGAAGCAUCCUCGGGUAAUGUAGAUUCAAAUUUUGUUCAAAUCAUGACCCACCAGGAGAAUAAAGGAGCCAUAACAGGGAAUCAUAGUUAUGCAAAGGGAUACAAAUGAUAUAUCAAUAAAAAUUGUCUUCUUAAGAACAGCAAAGCCAUUAUUUGUCAUAUUAAUUCAAAAGCAUUCCUAUGAAGUAUAGAUUCAAAAUUAGUUCUAAUGCCCCCCCCCCCCCCCCCGAACCACUUUUAUAUCAAAACUUUUCAAGACUGAACUGAUUUCUGCUUUUUCCUAGCCAUAGUGCUCAGGUGAGCAAUGUGGCCCCUGGGCCUCUUGUUAUUGAUGUGGCAGACAUUUAUGUUGUAGCCAAGAUUUGAAAAUCUUCUAAAAUAAAUAAAAAUCCUGUACUUUUCCAUUUUAGGAAAUAAUUUUCUAAGUGAUAUAAUCCAAUUACAUGUAAGUGUAUCACACAUAUUAUAUGUACUUGUAAUUAAGAUUUUCUGUAUAUAUUGAUUCAUAGAUUGUUCUCUUGUAAGUUAAUUUGAUAUACAUGUAAUUAAAUCUUUAUUUGGUACAUGGCAUUGGUGAUUGUUUCAACAAAAAUUUGAAAACUUGUUAAUGGUAAAAAUGAGUUUGGUUGUAAAUGGAAAAUGACUUGUUGUACUAUGUACAAUAUGAUAACAUUUCUGUAUCAACAAUUUUUAUUAUAGGGUAUAUUGUUAUAUGAAAAAGUUUUUGUUAUCAUUUGCUACAGUUAUGUGUACUGAUUUUUUCAUCAUAUUUGUGUAAAACAAUGAGAAAUGACUGUACUUGAUUAUGUGUUAAAAGGUUCCUCAUCCCUCAGAGCACUAAUAUAAAAUAUUACUUUAACGCUAUUUGUUUUCCAGCAGAAAUUUUAAAUAAUUUUUAUAAUUACAACUAAAAUGCAAACAAUUUCAGGAUAUCUUGUGGGGCAAAUUUGGACAGAAAUGGCCCUUUAAUUUGACAUUUAUUUUAUAAACAGGAAUAAUAGAUAUUUAUCCUAGUUAGAGUUAUCCCUCUUGUUACAGGAUCAAAGAACCUUAAUAAUUUUUUAUUAUCAGCAAUGAGAAAAAUAUAGUAGGCCUUCAUGUAAGCUUGUAGAAAUGAAAAUUUCAUUUCCUAUUUUCCCAUUUUUAAUUGCUUAAUAAGUCUAAAUCAUUCACAGGAUUUUUUUUUUAUUUUAUAUUAUUUUUCUUUCUUUGAAGUUCAGAUAUUAAGGACUUCAUAUUUUAGUAUAAUUUUUAUUAAUUAUUAUGGGUAAUAGAACUUCUGAAAGCAGUGUAUUGUUGUGCCAUACUUGUUUAUAUGUAUUAUGCUCUAAACAUUUGUAAUUUCUUUCAUAACUUAAUUGUGCACUGUGUGAGAUACAUAGAAGUUAGGCAUUGAAAAGGAUGAGGAUUGUUUUUAUUGUCAGUUCCCAUACUAAACUUGUGUUAAAAUCUUCACUUUUAAGUUGAGCAAGAAUUAAAAUUAGAAAACAUGCCUGAGAAUGAAUUGUCAUUGAAGUUAGCUAAAGAACUCUUUUA